UCGACUUAAGAGAGAAGUCUUUAUAGGCAAUUUAAUAAUUUGCGUUAUUCGCAGUUAGCCGUGUCCUGUGUACAAUUGAGAGGAAAAAAAAGGACGAUUUUUUACGGCGUUGAUCGCGAAAAUUCCGCGGAUUCCGUAACGUGGGAAAGAGACGGAUCGAUCGCGAUCGAUCUAUCGGCGUAAUGUCGCUUUUGUGCCAUUCGAAGUGAUUUCAUCUAAUUGUACGAUGGUAUUGUGUGGGGAAUAAUUGACAAUGAGGCCAGUUGAUGCGGACUGAGGACAGUGAGCGAGGAUAACUGGAAUUUUUCGUGGGAAGUUGCCGACAGAAGCUUUGGUGGUAAAUGGUUUCGGCGUCGGAAAACCACAAGUCCUUCGGGAUGGACAACCUGGGCUUCCAGGACCCCACCGCGAAGCGCAAGCUGGGCCGUUCCGUCAGCGUCAACGCCCAAGUGGAAACCGUCCCGCACUACAGGAACCAGAACUCCAACACCCUCCUGCGAUGGCGGCGCACCGUACGCGAGGACCCCGAGGUCAUGCUGGAGGAGGAACUGCCCUCCGACGAGUACGAGUACAUGGAGUGCGGACCCUCGCCGCCCGCCGACCACACCCCCAACAUUUACGAGAGCUUCGAGGAGUUCUCCACCAGCGAGCUGACGGUGCAGAUCUGCCACGACACCAUCAAGAUGAACCUGUUGGAGCACAUGAAGGUGUCCUCGGGACGGCACCAGCUCCUGGACGACAUAGAAGGCAAGAAAACGACGCCCUCGAACCUGGAGGACGUCUUUUGCGGGGCCUCGAAGGUGGAGGUGAAUAUAGCGCUGCUGUGGGCGUCGUUCAUGAAGCGGUGGGAGCUGUUGGAGGGACUCAUCGGGUUGGGGGCGCAGUUGCGCUACCACGAGCCCAGCCAAGGUCUGAGUGCUUUGCACUUGACGGCUUUUAGCGGGUGCAUCCAAGGCACCCAGUUCUUGAUCGCGCGAGGUUGCGAUGUCAACGCUAUAUAUAAGUGUUACACCCCUUUGCACUGCGCGGCGUUUGGCGACAGCCCAGACACCGCUAUAAUACUCCUUAAUAACGGCGCUAGGGUGCAGGCCCUGACGAAUAGUCCGCACAACUGCCACGAGAGUGUGCUGCAUUGCGCGGUCCGCGCCAACGCCAUCGCCUGCGUCAGACUGUUCACGCACGAAGGUGCCGACGUUGGACAGAUGGAAUUCUCGGGAAUGACCCCCAUACACCUGGCUGCGGACUUGGGACACGGCCAGUGCCUUAAAAUACUCUUAGAAGCGAAAGGCAUCAACGUCAACGCCAGGACCAAUGAAAAAGAACAGACCCCCCUACAUUUAGCCGCGGAGAGCGGCUACAUGGACUGCGUGGAGAUUUUACUGGAGAAGGGGGCGGAAGCCAACAUCAGGAACCACAGGGCGCAGACACCGUUGCAUCUCGCCGCGAGAGCGCAGGCGUACGAUUGCGUCGAGUUGCUAUUGAGGAAAGCCAACGCGGACCCGAAUAUCGGGGAUUGCGACAAGAGGACGCCUCUACAUGCCGCCGUGUGUAAAGCGGCGCGUUCCUACGACAUCAUAGAGAUCCUGGUGAGCUACGGAGGCGACGUCAACGCGAAGGACCAGUACGGCUAUAGCCCUCUUCAUAUCGCGGCGCUCAACGAGUUGUCGCAGUGCGUGGAGGUCCUGAUCUAUCACGGCGCCGACGUCACUGCUAAAUCCAAAUUCGGCAUGACUGCCUUGGGUAUCAUCACCAGGAAAACGCCAGCUUCCUUGGCUAUGGUCACGCAGAAGCUCGAUUCCGCCAUCACGCUGCAUCACCACCCCGAGUCUUCCAAUCGAGAAGUCGAACUCAGGCUAGAUUUCCGGGGGAUCCUCCAGUACUGCCACCCUCGCGAGAUUAGCUUCCUGAACACCUUCGUAGACGAGGGACAGAAGGAAAUCCUCCUUCACCCUCUCUGUUCGGCGUUUCUCUACCUCAAAUGGGAGAAGAUCCGGAAGUACUACAUCGCCCGCAUGCUGUUCUGCUUCAUCUUCGUGCUAAGCCUCUCCUUGUACGUGUUAACGGCGCUCGCCCACAAUUGCUACAACCACGGCAAGAACAUGAACGACACCCAGCCGCAAAACGUCAUCGAGCUGUGCGAAAAGAAGUCCAUGAUGGGGCAUAUGCUCAGGAACAACCCCUUCGUCAUCGAGAUGCAGUGGUUUGCCUUGGUGGGCAUAACCUGUUGCGAGAUAUUGAGGAAGGUGUAUGGCAUAGCUGGAUACCCCACUGUGAAACAGUAUCUGUCCCACCCGGAGAAUAUCAUCGAGUGGACGGUCAUCGCGAGCGUCUUCGUCAUCUCCUUCAUCUACACCGGCAGGACUUACACGUGGCAGAACCACGUGGGGGCGUUCGCGGUGCUCUUCGGUUGGACCAAUUUAAUGUUGAUGGUUGGACAGCUCCCGGUUUUCGGUUCCUACGUGGCGAUGUACACCCGCGUCCAGGGGGAGUUCGCGAAGCUCCUUCUGGCUUAUUCCUGCUUACUCAUCGGUUUCACCAUAAGUUUCUGCGUGAUCUUCCCGGAUUCCUCAACUNAUAGUAAAAUGGUUUCGGCGUCGGAAAACCACAAGUCCUUCGGGAUGGACAACCUGGGCUUCCAGGACCCCACCGCGAAGCGCAAGCUGGGCCGUUCCGUCAGCGUCAACGCCCAAGUGGAAACCGUCCCGCACUACAGGAACCAGAACUCCAACACCCUCCUGCGAUGGCGGCGCACCGUACGCGAGGACCCCGAGGUCAUGCUGGAGGAGGAACUGCCCUCCGACGAGUACGAGUACAUGGAGUGCGGACCCUCGCCGCCCGCCGACCACACCCCCAACAUUUACGAGAGCUUCGAGGAGUUCUCCACCAGCGAGCUGACGGUGCAGAUCUGCCACGACACCAUCAAGAUGAACCUGUUGGAGCACAUGAAGGUGUCCUCGGGACGGCACCAGCUCCUGGACGACAUAGAAGGCAAGAAAACGACGCCCUCGAACCUGGAGGACGUCUUUUGCGGGGCCUCGAAGGUGGAGGUGAAUAUAGCGCUGCUGUGGGCGUCGUUCAUGAAGCGGUGGGAGCUGUUGGAGGGACUCAUCGGGUUGGGGGCGCAGUUGCGCUACCACGAGCCCAGCCAAGGUCUGAGUGCUUUGCACUUGACGGCUUUUAGCGGGUGCAUCCAAGGCACCCAGUUCUUGAUCGCGCGAGGUUGCGAUGUCAACGCUAUAUAUAAGUGUUACACCCCUUUGCACUGCGCGGCGUUUGGCGACAGCCCAGACACCGCUAUAAUACUCCUUAAUAACGGCGCUAGGGUGCAGGCCCUGACGAAUAGUCCGCACAACUGCCACGAGAGUGUGCUGCAUUGCGCGGUCCGCGCCAACGCCAUCGCCUGCGUCAGACUGUUCACGCACGAAGGUGCCGACGUUGGACAGAUGGAAUUCUCGGGAAUGACCCCCAUACACCUGGCUGCGGACUUGGGACACGGCCAGUGCCUUAAAAUACUCUUAGAAGCGAAAGGCAUCAACGUCAACGCCAGGACCAAUGAAAAAGAACAGACCCCCCUACAUUUAGCCGCGGAGAGCGGCUACAUGGACUGCGUGGAGAUUUUACUGGAGAAGGGGGCGGAAGCCAACAUCAGGAACCACAGGGCGCAGACACCGUUGCAUCUCGCCGCGAGAGCGCAGGCGUACGAUUGCGUCGAGUUGCUAUUGAGGAAAGCCAACGCGGACCCGAAUAUCGGGGAUUGCGACAAGAGGACGCCUCUACAUGCCGCCGUGUGUAAAGCGGCGCGUUCCUACGACAUCAUAGAGAUCCUGGUGAGCUACGGAGGCGACGUCAACGCGAAGGACCAGUACGGCUAUAGCCCUCUUCAUAUCGCGGCGCUCAACGAGUUGUCGCAGUGCGUGGAGGUCCUGAUCUAUCACGGCGCCGACGUCACUGCUAAAUCCAAAUUCGGCAUGACUGCCUUGGGUAUCAUCACCAGGAAAACGCCAGCUUCCUUGGCUAUGGUCACGCAGAAGCUCGAUUCCGCCAUCACGCUGCAUCACCACCCCGAGUCUUCCAAUCGAGAAGUCGAACUCAGGCUAGAUUUCCGGGGGAUCCUCCAGUACUGCCACCCUCGCGAGAUUAGCUUCCUGAACACCUUCGUAGACGAGGGACAGAAGGAAAUCCUCCUUCACCCUCUCUGUUCGGCGUUUCUCUACCUCAAAUGGGAGAAGAUCCGGAAGUACUACAUCGCCCGCAUGCUGUUCUGCUUCAUCUUCGUGCUAAGCCUCUCCUUGUACGUGUUAACGGCGCUCGCCCACAAUUGCUACAACCACGGCAAGAACAUGAACGACACCCAGCCGCAAAACGUCAUCGAGCUGUGCGAAAAGAAGUCCAUGAUGGGGCAUAUGCUCAGGAACAACCCCUUCGUCAUCGAGAUGCAGUGGUUUGCCUUGGUGGGCAUAACCUGUUGCGAGAUAUUGAGGAAGGUGUAUGGCAUAGCUGGAUACCCCACUGUGAAACAGUAUCUGUCCCACCCGGAGAAUAUCAUCGAGUGGACGGUCAUCGCGAGCGUCUUCGUCAUCUCCUUCAUCUACACCGGCAGGACUUACACGUGGCAGAACCACGUGGGGGCGUUCGCGGUGCUCUUCGGUUGGACCAAUUUAAUGUUGAUGGUUGGACAGCUCCCGGUUUUCGGUUCCUACGUGGCGAUGUACACCCGCGUCCAGGGGGAGUUCGCGAAGCUCCUUCUGGCUUAUUCCUGCUUACUCAUCGGUUUCACCAUAAGUUUCUGCGUGAUCUUCCCGGAUUCCUCCACUUUCGCGAAUCCCUUCAUCGGUUUAAUCACGGUUCUGGUGAUGAUGACCGGCGAGUUGAGCCUGGACCUGCUCGUAGACGACGAUCCCGAAGACCCGCCGUUUCUCCUCGAAGUCAGCGCGCAAGUCACUUACAUCCUGUUUCUCUUGUUCGUAACGGUGAUCCUGAUGAAUCUCCUGGUUGGCAUCGCCGUCCACGACAUCCAAGGCCUGCAGAAGACCGCGGGUCUUUCCAAGUUGGUGCGCCAGACCAAACUGAUAUCCUACAUGGAGCUGGCCCUGUUCAACGGAUACCUCCCGCAGUACCUCCUGAACUUACUGCACUGGACCGCUCUGGUGUCCCCCAAGGCGUACAGGGUGGUGCUGAACGUGAAGCCGUUGAACCCUAGAGAGAAGCGGCUGCCCAGGGACAUCCUCAAGGCAGCUCACGAGAUCGCCAAGAGGCGGAAACACUUCGGUCAGACGAUUUCCUCGCAGGGCAGCGCGGCGACGUAUUCCAAGAAGUUGAACAACAACCCGGAUCAGAACAGCGAGAUCUUGGAGUAUACCAACGCGCUGCCGCUGCUACAGACCAAGAUAGAGAAGAGUACGGAGCAGAUCGAGCACCUCAGCAAGGAGAUCAGGGAACUGAAGAGCGCCUUCGACGCCAGCCAAAAGACUAUCGAGCAGUUGUUGAAUACCCUCUUGCAGACCAGACAUAGUAGUAAAUGCUGAUUAGACUGUGAUCCUAUGUAGAAUUUUUUUAUCUACACAUAUUUUAGAGUUUUAUACUAAGACAGGUGCUAGUAAUACUCCCUCGUAGCCGUUUCGAUGAAUUGAUAUCUAUUCGAGAUGAUAGUCGCUUGUUCACUUUAGGUCUAUCGUUUCUCCCUCCCUCCUAUUGGUAAACUCAUCAAGUCGUUGCCAUUGAAAAGUGUGAUAUUAGUUUUAUAGUGAAAUCGUCAAUUCCACUGAUUAUGUGACGUAGGUUUUAGGUUUUCAACAAAAUAGUUACAUUGUUACACUGUUGCUUAUAAUUUAUGUUAUCCAUCUGUUAUACAUUAAU